CUCAUGCGAUCAGCUGAGUUAUUGCUCCUCCCAUCCCUGAAGUGAAUCACACCGCAGUUCAAGAGCGCAGCAGACAUGGCUAUGCUCACAACACAGACUCAAACUGAUGUGAUCGACGCAGAAUAUGAGGACUACCUCUGCCCCGUGUGUCUGGAGAUAUUUAUCUCUCCGAUGACCACAACCUGCGGACAUACAUUCUGUGAAAGCUGUCUUAAGGAGUGCUUGCGGCCUCAGAAACCUGUGUGUGCGGUCUGCAGGUCCGAUCUGCACAAGUGGAAAAAAGCAGAUCAUUUACAAGAUGAGAUGAAAAGAGCAAUCGGAAAGUGCAAAGGCUGUAAAAAUGAGGUUCUUUUGUCUGACAUGAGAAGCCACACAGUGGCUUGCUCUAAAUAUCAAGACUUUAUCAAAGAAGGGAUGGAAGCCAUUUCAAAGAACCAGCCUUCAUUUGUCAGUUCAGUGCCGAACCGUUACACGUUCACCUGUCCCUACUGUAACAAACAGAACUUUGACCAGGAUGGUCUGGUGGAGCACUGCACCUCAAAGCAUGCACACGACCCACGUCCAGUGGUGUGUCCGAUAUGUGCCUCAAUGCCCUGGGGUGACCCUAAUUACAGGAGCGCUGACUUCUUUCAACACCUAAGAAUAAGACAUGCGUUUGCCUAUGACACUUUUGUGGAUUAUGGUACAGACGAGCAAGCCAUGAUCCAGGAAGCUCUACAGCGCUCUCUCUUGGAAAACUGAUGUGAGGGACAUAUGGAUCCCCAGCUGAACUUAACAUAACCAAAAGAUGAACAAACUACAUUGGGAUUCAGGGCUAGUCUGACAUAUUUUUUUUCCCUAAUGUUAGUCAUGCUAAAGUCCCUAUUGGUAUAUUUUGGGUGAUUUCAUAUAUUCAUAUAUAAAAUAUUUGCAUAUACGUUCGUAUCUGUAAAAAUACAUAGUCUGCCCAUCUAUAACUAAUUCAAAUUAUAUAACAGAUUUGUGUUUAUAUAGUAUAGUUUGUGAAGCAGAUUGUCAGAUUGUGUGACACUGGCACAGAGCAGUCUGAUAUACGAGCUAUAUUUGAGAUAUAUGUCAGUUGCUUCUAGUGUAGAAAAUAUUGAUAUUGAAUCAUUAGGUGAUUCUUUUGAUCUUAAGAGUGACAUCUGAUUCAGAGACAAUUUAGAGGAAGCAAAGGAAUAAGCUUUUUCAGGCUGUGUGUUUUUUGUAUUGUUUUGUUCUUUUAAGAGGCCUUGGAGUUGUGUUUCACGUUGAGAUGAGUGUUGUGCUAUGCAGUGAAAUGAGUGUGUUCACACCAGUAGGGGGCAUUAUUGUAUCAUUAGUCCACCAUAUCAUCUCUGGACUCUCUGACCUAAGCAGAGUCCAGGGCUUGAUCUGACUUAUCAAGAGGUAUCUGCCCUUGAAAUUAUAGUUCACCUAAAAAUAAAAGUCCUGUCGUUAUUUACAUACACUCUUGUUGUUCCAAACUGGUAUGAAUUUCAGUACCAUGUGAACACAGACAAAUAUGUGUACGGAGUUGUUUUGAACCACACUGACUUUCAGUAUAUAGAUAAUAACAGUUCAAAAUAUCUUCUUCUGUGUUUCACAUGAGAAAGAAUCAUUCAGGUUCAGAAAGACACAAGGGUAACUAGAUGAUGAGAGAGUUUCUGUUUUGGGUGAGCUACUUCUUUAAGCUCCAAAUGCAUUUAUGUAACUCAGUAGAGGGGUUUUGCACUCUUAUUUUGUAUUUAUCUGUUUGUUAAUAGCAUACAUAGCAGUCAAACUGUACAUUGCUGUUUUAUUAUAUGGUAACGUUAGUCCAUUUAAUUGGCAUUAGUUUGAAAUCUUGCAAUCUAUUGAACAAAAGUGUAAUGCAAGUCAAACUUGUGUUGCAUGCUGUUUGACUCAGAUUUCACCACUGUGAUGAUAUAUCAUAUCCUGCGCCUAUUUCAUUCAUGCACUGUUAUUAUCGGUGAUGAUUCAUUGGCCUGUAUGUUCCUUGGGUGAAUUGGUUGUGUAUAGUUAAUAAACUUUUUCUCAAAA